AUGGGAUUAGAGACGGUCAAAGAUGUUGUUCGCUUCUCGAGUGGGUUUGAGCAUGCAAUACAUCUAGAUCACCAGCCAGAGGUUGAUGCUACAUUCGCUGGUACUAUGGCUGAAGAGGAUGAGAUCACUUGCUUGCUAUUGUGUCUGCAAACUAGAGAAGAUUUGCCUUCACGCCAAGUGCGUGCCUCGCUCGUUCUCCGACGCCUGUAUCCAGAUGUUCAUGUCUACGAACGUAUCGGACUCCUUAUGGAGCCAGAGGACGGCUUCUUCGAAGGCCGAUCUGGUAUGACCGAUUUACAGGAUAUCGCGGCUCUGUACCCAACUGGGAAGAUUGUCGUUGAGAUUGAGUAG